CCCUGCCGAAUGCGGGUGUCUUGUGCCAAAAUAGGUCAAUUCAACAACGCUGUGUAACAGGUAGUACCUGCCUGUCAAUUGACCCAAAAUUCAUCACGAGAAGUUUGCACCAGUCGACGAGCUGUACUUCGCGGCUGAACGAGACGACAACAGCAGCAGCGACUACGACGAGGGCCACGAUAACCGAAACCGAAACUCAACGUCGAUACGAUAAGGCGACGCUUCAUCAUCAUUCGUCACCCGUCACUGCAAUCUGAUAUUUUAAGCCCCCCUAUACUAUUCUCACCUGCUUGAACGACUACCUGAGGAGAUCAAUUUGGCUGGAGCAGGUCCAAGCACUGUGGGCAAAGGUAUCUCGUGUUAAACACCCCAUGGCCUCGUCGUACGCUCUCCCGCAGGCGCCUCUGCCACAUAGCCAUAGUCAUGGCCAUAGCCCUCACAGCUCCAUCGAACAUCUCCAUAGCCACAGUCAUUCGCCUCCUUCUUUCGGCCAUUCCAGGUCGCGUUCGAGCCUUUCUAGCACAUCUUCCAUGCGAUCCCACAGUCACAACCACAGUCAUGCCCACGGCCAUGGCCAUCAUCACAGCCAUAGCCGUAGCCACGAGAACAUUGAAGAUGAUAUCCAAACCCAUAGCCGCCAGAACAUGUCUCAAUUCCGCGCCAACGCGCUCGUCCCCUUACAACGGCGAGAAAACCGACCAUCUCCUCUACGUCAAAACGCCGAAGAUAUACCCAAUCCUGGGGAAUCUAAGAUCGAAGCCGCGCCGCACAACCACACACAUGCCCCCAAUGGGCACCACCACCAAGAAGACGGCCAAGGCCAUACUCAAAACCAUAACCAUGAACCUCACCAUAGUCACUCCCACGACUUUUCGAGGUUUACGGGACUCCUGCUCCCAUACACGUCCAAUUGGCCUCUUGUCCACGCCAUAAUGACGGACAAAGACUCACGACGCAUCUUCUACUUCAUGGGGGUUAAUUUUAGUUUUAUGACUGUACAAGCUGUCUACGGCUAUCUUACCGACUCCCUAGGACUCCUUAGUGAUAGUAUACACAUGUUCUUCGACUGUGUUGCGUUAGCCGUUGGACUGUUUGCAUCUGUCAUGAGCAAAUGGCCGCCGAGCGAGAGGUUUCCAUAUGGAUUUGGUAAAGUCGAGACCCUGAGCGGUUUUGCGAACGGGGUUUUCUUAAUACUAAUCAGCCUCGAAAUCAUGUUUGAGGCUUUUGAAAGGUUGCUAGAAGGAAGAGAAACAAAGCGUCUAGGGGAACUUUUCGUAGUCAGUACAAUGGGCCUGGUAGUUAAUUUGCUGGGAAUAUUCGCUUUUGGCUCUCAUGGUCACCAUCAUGGUCAUGACCAUGGCCACGGCCAUUCUCACCAUCAUCACGGACACUCUCAUGCUCAUAGCCAUGGCCAUAACCACGAGCAGAAGUUAGAUCAUGACCAUGAUUGUAGCACUGCUGAGAAUUAUAAACAGGACCAUGGACAUGGACAUGGGCACAGCCACGGCCACGGUCACGGUCACGAUAACGAGAACAUGCACGGGAUUUAUUUACACAUUCUCGCCGACACAUUAGGAAGUGCUUCGGUCAUUGUUUCGACGGUGUUAACCUACUUUAUGCCUUGGUCAGGAUGGGACCCUCUAGCAUCUUUCCUGAUUGCGUACCUCAUCCUCAUCACGGCGACGCCGCUUGUGAAAUCAUCAGCGCAACGAUUGCUGUUGACCAAUACAGCAGAUACGGAGUACAAUCUUCGCAACGUGCUUUCCGAGAUCACCAACCAGCGGGGUGUUGCGUCGUACGCUGUCCCCAAAUUCUGGACCGACGAUAGAACCGGCAGCGAGACGGGAGGCAAGCUCCAGGGCGUCAUGCACGUGGCGGCUAUGCGGGGUGCAGAUCUCGAAGAUGUUCGCGACCGAGUCCGGAACUACCUUUCCAAAGAAGGGAUCGAUGUUACAGUCCAGGUAGAACGCGAGGGAGACGGUACCUGUUGGUGUGGACUAGGCCGUACGAGUCCAUUGUCGCCCAGGCUCCCGGGAGGGUUUUGAUUGCUUGCUCUGAGUGAGUGAAUGGGGAAAGGGGCAUUUGUAGGUAUACGUGGAUGGGAUGGGCGGGUACUAUACACAUAUCGAACAGUGGCUUUAUGAUACCAGUAUAUAGGAGGUUGCCGGAAGUUGAUUAUGUCUACAUGUAUAUAUAGCUAUGUUCUUGGUAGGCAUUUGGUAAUAGGGCCUUCCGUUCUUUUGGUUGACAUAUCGGACAUGAGACGGUGUUAAUGAAUAAUUGUCUGAUGCUCAGAUGCUCAGAUGCACAGGUGUGCUUGCGUG